CAUGAACAAACUUACCACGACGACGAGCAUGAAAACUCACGAUGCUCAUGUAAUAAUGCAAAGACUUCUACCAAUUGCACUAAAAGAGAUGCUUCCUGAACACGUAUGGUCCUGCAUUACUGAAAUCAGUUUGUUGUUUCAAUCGAUAUGUUCCAGCGUUUUGGAUGCGGCAUCCCUCCGGAGACUACAAGAGUCUGUUCCCAUUCUGAUGUGUAAUCUAGAAAAAAUAAUGCCUCCAUCGUUUUUCGAUACAAUGGAACAUCUUAUAAUACAUCUUCCGUAUGAGGCUUUGACUGCUGGGCCCGUCUUCUAUCGCUGGAUGUACAGAUUUGAAAGAUUUCUAGGAGAGCUGAAAAAGAAAGUGACCAACAAGGCACACGUUGAGGCUUCAAUUUGUCAAGCGUAUCUUCAACAAGAAAUCUCAACGUUCUCGUCUUUUUACUUCGAGCGUGACGUCAUCACCAGAAGGAAGAGACCUGCCCGGAACGAUGACAUUGGCGAGGAUUUAUAUGAAAAUGUAGUUUCCAUCUUCAAUUACCCAGGCAGAGGUAAAGGUGCUGCGACACAACGAUACAUCCUGGGUGGGGAAUUGCAAAUUGCACAUACUUAUAUCCUCAUGAAUUGUCCAGAAUUCUCACCGUUUUAUCAUGAAUUCAGAGCUUCUUUAUCAGCCUUUCCUGAGAAUCAAAUUGAUGCAUUGGUAGACUCUGAUUUUGUAAAUUGGUACAAGUAUCAGGAGAUUCUGGAACUUGAGAUGCCUUCUGGUGCGAACAAAUUGACAUGCGUUCUGUUCCGUUGCACAUGGGUCGACCCCACACGUGGCGUGCGCAAAAAUCCGAAGUAUAAUAUGAUUGACGUCAACCACUCUCGUGUGUACCUGAAAAAUGAGCCUUUCAUACUCGCCCAACAAGCAGCGCAGAUUUAUUAUGCAGAAUAUCCUUCAACAAGGCGGACACAGAAUCCUUGGGUGUGUGCAUGUCCUGUCCGUCCGAACAAAAUAAAAUCACAAACUCAACACAAGGACGUUGAUCUAGAUGCUUUUCAGCAACAAUUUUUCCAACCUCCGCCUAUUGUUGAGACGGUCAACUAUGACAUCCAAUUAAGUGAUCCAAAUGGCGGACGUGUUGAAGUCAUGCCAGAAACGCACCUUCCGGACCCAACCAUUCCAUCUGAGCGCGAAAUUGAGGAAAUGUAUGUAGCACAACAAAACGCUAGGAAGAAGGUGAAUGGAUAGACGGUUCAGAUACAGAAGAAGAUACUGUAUAUGUAGAAAAUGACGAUUAUGAUAGCGAAUAAUUGUGCUGUUGUAAUUUCAAUUUUAUUGACUUCUAAUAUUUGUGCAGAUUUCUUCAUUAUUAU